GAAGCGCCCCCCAGCGGCCGGCGAAGGCGGGACGGCGGCGCGUUCGCGUUCGCCGGGGCCCAGCUCCAGGCCGGAGGGCAGUCGGGCUCCUGCCCCCGGGAGCAGCGCGGCGCAGCCGGCGGCCACCGUUCCCGCUUCGCCCCGCUAGGUGGCGCCCCGAGCUCGGUUGCCGGGCGCCAGAGCGGCCGCAGCGGGAGGCUGCCCCGUUAGCUCGGCUGUAGCGGCCGGGCGCAUCCGGGCAGCCAGGCUGGGGGAAGCGCUCGGGCGGCGCUCGCUGUGCAGCCGCCGGGCCUGGGCCGGGAGGAGCCGGGGCUGCCAUGAGCGCAGGCGGGGGCCGGGAGGAGGGAGCCGCCGCCGCCGCGAUGCUGCAGCUGCUCCGCGAGCAACCGGAGCCCCAGGCGGAGGAGAGCGGGGCUCAGCGCUUCGCCCUCUGCCUGCCCCCUGGGGAGGAGGAGGUAAAAGAAGUAGAAGAAACCAUAGAAGAGAUGUUAAUACGGCUGGAUGAGUUCUGUGGCAUGACUGAUGUGAUUAGAAGCGAUACAUCCCAGAUCCUGGACGAGACCAUUCCGCUCAUUAAAGCCAAGGUGGUAGAAAUGAACAACAUCUAUGCCAAAGUUGAUAAAUUAGAGGCAUUUGUUAAAAUGGUUGGACGCCAUGUCUCUUUUCUAGAAGAACAAGUGCUUCAAGCCGAGGGGAACCACAACACUGUGUCUCACGCUGUUCGCAAACUACUUCAGUCUGCAGCUAUACCUUCUUUUAAAAAUAAGCACACUCCCUCAGCACAGCAUACAUAUGACCUGCCUAAACUCUACAGAACUGAAGAUUAUUUUCCUACUAACUACAGCACUGGAAUGCCAAUCAUUAAGAGAAGCAGGAAGAACAUAGUGAUGCACAUCAGGCGCAUAGCAAUAAAGGAAGUUUGGUUUUACAAAUACCAGACCAGUGAUCCAUCAAAUAUAAGCAUCCUGUUUCCAGAGGUGAGCAAUACCUGAUACUUAUACCACCUGAUUUCAUAAGUGAAAUGUUCACCUGUCAUUGUUUCACUGCUUAUUUUAUUAAAUAUUAUACUAAAAGUAGAGGUUAUCAUAGAACCAAAGUGAAGGGCUUCUGUUAAAUUUCUUUAGUCAGUGGAAUAAGACAGAAGUCACUAUCACAGUUACAUUUCUUUUCCUCCAUUUCUCCUAGCUCAGUUCAAACCUCCUUAGCUUUAUAGUCAAUUCAGAAACAUCUAGAAAAGAAUAAAUAAGAUAUCCAACAACACUGCCGCUCCAUUCUGCUGUAUUUAACUGUGUGCCUAAACUGAACAGGCUCUGACACAGAUGGGUUAUCACCAAGUCCUCAGAGAUGUAGCAGACAGCUGAAAGCUAUGACUGGAGAAAGCAGCAGUUGGAUUUAUUCUACUUAAUAUUUUUCUGAAUUCAUCAUGAAAACAGAUGGUGGAACUGAAUUAGGGAGAGGUGAAGCAAAUCUUGUAGAAACAGUCUGUACAAAUAGUUAUACUUUUAACUAGAGGGUUGGUGAGUUUGUGCUGAGCUGGAAAACAAGGAUGGCAACUUUUUUUUCUUCUUCUUCUUCAACUAAAGAAUAGAACAGGUGCUUAAAAUUUCUCAAUAGUGAAGUUCCUCAUUCAAAUAACUGGCCCUCAGCAUGUUUAACCCAAUCAAGACUAGGAUUAUUACUUGUACAACAAAAGCACCCUUCUAAUAAUCCUUUAAGUAGAUUAUAAAAGCCACCAUUAAAACUGGUAAAAUACAACAAAAGAAAUUGGUAUAAUUGUGCAAAACACCAUUUGAAAGUUACUGCCUUCAGGAUCUGAGGUGAGAUUCUGUGGAACCAUUACUAACCUGAUUUUUUGUAAGCGAUGGAUCCCACAAUCCUACAUCUUCCCAUGUAGUGUUUUUCAAAUAAAAGUCAUUAGGUUCAAACUGCUUAAAAUCCUGGAAAAGGGUGGAUGGGAAGACAGAGAAACAUCAAAAACAAAAACCAAUUGCUCCCCAUUAAUUACUCAUGAAGACACCCACACAGCCCUGUGUCCACCAAGAACUACCCACAAGUAGUACAAGAGAUCAUUAACCAAGGGAAAAUUUCCCCUCAUGAAAAUUGUAAAAAUGCAUCUUGUACAUUUCAACUAAAGUUUCCCUUGGCCAAAAAAGGUGGGUUCCCAAAGAAUUAGCGGUUCCAAAUAAGCAAUUCUGAAAAGUACAGGCUCAAAGACACUAAAUAACCGAGGGCCAAGAUUUUCAAAAAUAAAAUCCUGAAGUCAGUCCAAGUCCGACUUUCAAGAUUUUCAAAAGUGUUCAGCACCUGACAGCUCCCACUGAGAUCAAUGUUGAGUAUUUUUUUAAAAUCAGAUGUGUGUUUAAAGAUGGACCACCGGUUCUAUUUUUAAAAAUCUUGGCCGAGGGACUUAGUUGAAGUUCUUAAAAGCACCUUAAGUCCCAAGUUUUGAAAGCACCUAAGGUACUCUUAAUCCCAAAGUGUUACUGAAAGCCAAUGGGACUCAGGCCUAAAUCACUUUUGAAAUUUGGAUUCAAACUCCUUUGGAAAUUUUACCCUGAAGCCUAUUAUUCAACCCACACUUAUUCAAAGUAAUUGACCCCAAACAAAAAGGGAUGAACACUCAUUUUAUCUGGAACAACAACAUGAAGAAGAGGAGCUAGUUUAAAACUAGAACAAAACGCAGAAGGUUACUACCUAUAGGGUGCUGAAGAGCCAUAGAGCAGAUGAGUGGAAAGGUGAUCUUACAGGGUAUUCAUUUCAGGAAAAAGGUUUUUGAUAAGCAAUAUCUUAAAGUUUGUCAGUAAGAUUAAUAGCAGAAUAUGUCUUAAAUAUCAACUUAAGCCAUUAUAGAAGGCAGUCCUUAACAUAGUAACCCACUGUUCUGCACUGAAAUACCUGUAAAAAUCUCAGUUCAUCUCUUGGCCCCUAGGACAGCAGGCUCUAAGGCCUUGUCUAGACUAGGAUUUAAAGGUGUCAUUUUACUACAAGAGCUAGCACCUGCUAACACAUUUUAAAAGUCUAGCACAGACAAAGCCCAGUGCCUUCAACACAUGCCAAACUAGACAGUUAAAGCCCAAGCACGUUAGCUAACACUACACCUUUACAUCCCAGUUUAGAUGAGGCUUAAAAGUGUGUGACUUGCUUCAGCAGCAACUCCUAGUAACCAUUUAAGAAUGACUCUUCUAGAUGGCAGUAAUUCUGUAACAGAACCCCACACAACUCAUUCUCAUCUGGAGGUCACAACCCCUGAGGUAAAGUGAAGGGGUAAAACUGAAGGUCCUUAAAGGUCUAUCAGAAACGUAUAGGGACCCCGAAAAAAAUCUGAUGUGGUGGUAGCUAAUACAAUGUUUUUAUGAAAUCUCUAUAAUAAAUAUUUCAGCAGAAAAUUGAAUCCAAGUGCCUCAAUUCAAACCAGAAAGCCAAGUCAGAUGUCAUACUUACUU